AUGACCGACGUUCCCAGUCGAAAGGCGGAUACAGGAAGGCCAUACCACACGGAAGCGACGGGCGAUGCCCUGAUCACGGUGAAGAACCAUCAAAAAGAUGAAGAUAUCACGCUUUUUGGAGGGUGCUUCUGCCCGUUUGUACAGCGAGUUUGGGUCGCCUUCGAGGUGCUUGGUAUACCUUACAAGUAUUAUGAAGUCGAUCCAUACAAGAAACCAAAAGAACUCCUUGAAGUCUCGCCGAAAGGCCUCGUUCCUGGGCUGCGACUCAAUAGAUAUACCCCUCCUCGAUCGCUCAAUGAGAGCACGGUUAUUUUGGAGUACUUGGAGGACCUUGCAGCAACGACGACGAAGCGUAGCAUUCUUCCUCUUAUCACGAACCCAUAUGCCAGAGGUCUCUUGCGCCUCCAGGCAGACCAUGUCAAUCGCUAUCUCGUUCCUGCAUUUUAUCGCUACCUCCAGGCACAGACCGAGGAAAAGCAGAUCGAGGGCGGAACAGAGUUCCAUGAUUCCUUAGAAGGCCUUGUCGCGCUCCUUGAGCGAGCGGAACGGGAAAUCCUGGAGCCUGGCGGUGCUUCUGGUGAAGGCGAACUUCAAGCAUUGAGGAAGGGACUUGGAUUAUGGGUCCCUGGAGAGCAGGAUUUGGGGUGGGCAGACAUCAUGGCUGGUCCUUGGCUAUUCAGAGCGAAAGUUGUCUUGACACACUACCGAGGAUUCCAGUUGCCACAAGGCGAGAGGGUGAAAGCCUGGUUGGACCGUCUCUUUGAACACCCGGCGUUCAAGGCGACAUGUAGCACCGAGCAAUUGUACCUUGACAGCUACGAGAGAUAUGCGUUUAAUCGACCGAAUACCAGCAUGGUCGCGAAAGCGAUUAACGAGGGGAGAGCGCUACCUUGA